AUGUCUAUGCACUUUACAUUUCGCGAAGAAAAUUAUAUAAUUAUCGAAAACGGAUCUUGGCGGCUGAAAGCUCGAAUUGGUGUUAGAGAACGCGAUACUAAUACCCCCGAGGCCCCCACAGUAUAUCUUCCGUGUGAAGUCGGUCAGAAAGUAACGCAGAACGACGAGAAAAAGGAAAUAGUAGAAGGUGCUGUUGACAUGCAACAGCUUGAACAAGCAUCGCCUCGUGAAGAUACUACGCGUACUACUCCGGAACAAGUAUCUGAGAAGAAAUCUGCAAAAGAACAGAAAUACUAUUGUGGUAGUCAGUUGAAAGAAUUGAAAGACUAUCUGGUGAUUUCUCGUCCUAUCGAAAGGGGAUCUGUAAAGAAUUGGGAGGAAUUGGAAGCGCUUUGGAGGCACAUAUUGCUGAAAGAAUUUAGCGUAAAGAGAGUUAGAAAUGAAUGCCCAGUGAUUACUUUGGUACCGAGCUAUUGGACGAAAGAACAACAUGAACGAAUUGCACAGAUUUUCUUCGAGAACUUUAAUAUUCCCGGAUUAUAUAUCGCUGAUCAGGCUUUGAUGUCUUUGUAUGGGUGUAACUCAAUGAAUGGCCUUGUAAUUGACAUUGGACACGGCACAACAGAUAUCACGCCAAUAAUCGAUAGCGCCGUCCAAUACCAUGCAAUUCAGACUUUAUCGUUAGGCGGACAGGAUCUGGACGAAUAUUUGUUUACAGUGUUGAGUUCAGACCCACAGUUUCUACAUGAAUACGGCGAGCCUAUAAACAUUGAUUUCGCCAGAGAGAUCAAGGAAAUGGAUAUAUGCGAGCUAAUCGAUGAAGAUGAUGACUCGGAGGAGAGACCAGAAAGGGUUGAA